AUGCGCGCGAUCAAGUUCGUCCUGUCCAUGAACGCCAUUCUUCGCGGGACGCAUGGCGAGGCACUAUCGAUGGCAGGAAUUGGCCACGAGGAUGUCUCGUCGCAGAGCUCAGUCAGAAGCUUGCGUGGCUCUGAUGCUCUGCUCGACGACUCGACCGGAACCCGCUUCGUGACAAGUGGUACGAGCACUACCGAAGAGAGAAACCUCGGCCCAUAUCGCCUGAUUGCGAACACUCUACUAAGCUUCCACCGACAAGUGUUUGAGAACCACUUCGUCUCUGCCAUCACUGACGAGAACAUCGGAAUGUUGGCCAGCAUUAUCCAAUUUGAAGCUGACAGCGUGUACGGGAUUAUCCAUGCAUUUGCACUCCAUCCCGAACGCCUCGAGCUCACGUUUAGGAAUCUCAUGGGAGAGGGCACUUCACACGGGGCGACAGUCAGGGAGUUUGUCCGUGGCUAUGCAGAGUAUGUUGCUAACCAGGAGCGCAUUGCGCGUUUGCACGCCGGAAACCAGUAA